AUGAAGAAGAUCAUUAGUGAUCUUGAAGCGGGUCGUCCUAUCAACUGGCCGGAUUAUAACUUCUACACACUGGCGAAUAUUGCCAAACGAUACCUUUUACAUAUUGAAGGUGGAAUUCUUGGGCGUGAUUCAGAAGAAAAGCUACUUUCCAUGCUGGAUCUACCUGAUGACCAAGCCCGGAUCGAAGGAAUGCAUAGGUAG